AUGUCGAAGUCUGACCGCAAGUCUAGAAAAUUCUGGGCAAAAGGCGUUAGAGAGCGCAUUCUGUGGCCUCACGUCGAAGCGUACGCCAAAGCCAUGUCCUUGGACUGGCGAACAAAUCGCGACAGAAUUCAACAAGCUUGCAACGAGUAUCAUGCAAGGAUUUCCUGGCGAACGGCAGACGACGAAGAGCCCGACCUCCCCAACCCUCUGGCUCCAUAUAACCCUCACGCCAGACCGUCGUCGCCGGAGCCACAAACGCAGGAGGAGCUCGAGAAGAAACAUGGGCGCAUCAAAGAUCUCAAUGGGAGUAUUGCUCGCUACAUGAAGUAUCAUGCCCGAAAACUGCGAGGGAAAUUCUUCCGCCCUGUCGCCAACAGUCCUUACACCGUUCUUUUCCAUCGCCUGAAGGCAAUACCCAAGGCGAAGCGCAAACUUCAGCCCCAACAACAGUACCAGCAUGAACACACCGUAGAGUUGCGCUCGGUUUACCUUGCGGAGGCCAAUCGCAUCAACGAAGCCAAUCCUGGCGCCAAACCCGUCGUUAUCAACGCUCCCUUCCGGCAAAAGGUGGUCAAGGAUAUUUUCACAGCAUUGCCCGAGGAAAGCCAAAAGGAGUAUGCGGAGGCGUGCGGAGGCAGAGGCAGCAGCCAACAAAUCCAAGAGUUUCGUGAAGAAUGCAUGCAAGACUUCAAGGAUUUCAUUUGGCCCAUCGCGACCAGGUUUACGGAGAUUACUCAACUCCAUUUCUUUUGCAUGGUGGGCGGCUUGAAACCGACAGAGAACGGUGGCGAAAUUUGGACAUCCUCGGUUUAUAAUGGCGUGAAUCGCGCCACAGAUCCAGUUUCCUGGCCGGCCUCCGAUAAACCUCGAUUCCAGACAAACGUCGUCGAUUUCUUUCGCGAAUAUCUGGAGGGAGCUUUCAGCGACAAGGAACGAGCUGAAGCAACGUUGGGUAACAAAGACGCUGUUGCAGCAAAACCUGCCCCGACGACCACGAGGAAUUUGAGUUCCGUCACUGCCUCAGACCUGGAGGGUUCCGAUGAAGACAGCUCAGACUCGGACAUGUCAGAGAAUGAGUCGGACUCUGAAAGUCCGAAGAAGCGCAGAGAUAAAGCAAAGGCGCCGAUGAAGACGAAGACUAAAGCCACCACAACGAAGACAGCGAAGACUAAAGCCGCGACUACAACAAAACCCAAACCAAAAUCCACUCCCUCCACCGUCGACUCUGCGGCCAAUACCAGCGGUAGCUCCUCCCAAGCAGGUCCCUCGACCCUGGCUCAAACAACUACCCCCUCGGGUCCGAAUGGUCUCGUUGUGGCCGGCGAAACUUCUGGUCAAUCAGAGUCCAGGGGUCGAAAACAUCGAGCGGAUGCCGAUAAACUAUUGGCGGGCUACAGGCAAAGGAUUGCGAAUGAGGAGAAAGAGGCAAAGGAGAAAGAGGCGAAGGAGAAGGAGGCGAGGGAGAAAGAGGCGAAGGAGAAGGAGGCGAGGGAGAAAGAGGCGAAGGAGAAGGAGGCGAGGGAGAAGGAGGCGAGGGAGGCCAGUGUUAUUCAGCCCACGAACAAGACACUCGCUGUUCCUGGCCCUGUCACUGCGCCUGUUGUCAACUCCCCUGUACAGAGCAACGACAAACCCCCAGACUGUCCUUCCGAUGCUCCUGCCUGGUUCACCAAGAUCUACUCCGACAUUACGGGGGUCAAUUUGGGACCGAAGUUCAACCGCCUCUUACGGAGUCUCAUUUUACUCGAAGCUGCAUACGGCUUCCUCGAUCGCCCUACCAAGUCCUCUGGUCGCAAUCGCCCUGUUUUAGUAGCCACAUGGUUCAAGACGGGUCGCAUCUACAAGGCCGACAAAAUGACAAUGCCAAACCCAGUCGAAGUUCGGCCAGGAGUGGGUCGCCUGGUGGCGGAGCUUGCAACCGUCAUGGCGAAAAGCCAAUGCCGAUGGCAGUCUCUCGGUUGGAACCAAAUAACCCAGAUUGGGGUUCAUUGGCCUUGCCGGGAUCAAGUGGGAUGGGUGUUCUGGUUGCGUCGCUAA